GUGCCGCGAGAGAAAGGUCUUCGCCGAGCUCUCUCCCGGAGUUGCUGAGAGAGAGUGGUGCGGUCUUACGAAUUUCUAGCUUUACAAGAUAUGUUAAUUACUGUAUUUUCCAUGGUUCGUAUAGUCAUUAGUAGAGCGGCCUGAAGUGCUUACAGUGCGUAUCGAUUCAUUAAGCUAAUGGUUUCUGUUGUCAGUGUUUUGAAUAAUGAGUGAGUGUGACAAAAAAUCUGGUUUAACAUAAACUUUUGUUUACGAACGAGCUGGUAGUGAAUCACGAAAGCACAUUUAAAUGAGCAAGCAAAACAGCCAUAUAUAUCUUCACAGCUACUGCGGACAGUGGAAAAAAAAAAAUGUAUUUUUGCGCAAAUGUGAGAAGAGUGAUGUGGGAAAACCCAGUGGAAUUACACAUGAAAAUCGCAUGUAGCUAAAGCCUUAAUUACACACAUAACCUUGUUAUCUGCAUACUGGAUUUAGAUACACGGAACAAGGAAGACCACGUUCACGGGAAUCUGCAAAAGAACUCAUGACUUCAGCACCACCAUUUACUUAAUUGGGAUGCUUGAGAGUGUCUCUGCCGUGUCACUGGGCAUGACGAGUAGCAUCCACACAUGACAACAGGAGUUUCGGCAGCGCCAGCGCCAGUGGAAAGGGAACCGUAAGCUUAUGGACCGCGAUUCAUGUGAAACUGCAGCAUGAGUUACGCAUCCUUUUACACAAGCGAAAGAUGCAGGCUUUCGUGGCAUUUCUUAGUUGUGAUUCCCUAGAUGCCUAAUUCAGACCUCAGAGACGUGACCCAUGAAACAAAGUGCCAAAUGAAGUUGAAGACGACUCUCAGGCGUCACCCGUGGCGUCGACGCAAGGUCAUCCCGUCGCCUCACGACCUGGGCUACAGCCGCGACGCCGGCCACCUCGUCGCCGCCCGUCUCCACGGCUUCUCCCACGCCAACGCCAUCCCCCCCAAGAUUGACCCCGCCGUCUACAACGAGCUGGUGACCCCGAAGGACCCCGACAUCGGCAUGGAGACUCCGGACUUGGGGCAGAUCCUCUACACGACCAGGCCAUACGUCGUGGUAUGCCCCUCCAGCGACGAGGACGACGACGAUGAGUUUGGCGAGGUGCGACAGGUUCCUAUCAGCCUGUACUACGACGCGUACGGCGACGUGAUCGAGGACGACGUGUGGGCUCACCUCGGCUCCUCCGCCGGCCGCGACGUCUUUUACGACAACGACUCUGACGACGACGACGACGACGACGAAGACUACGGGGCAAGGGCGGGGGGUGGGGCGAGGGACCGCCGGGGGGACGAAGGCGAGAGGGACAAGCGAUACCGCAGGGAAGGCGAGUUCAGCGGGAUGAGCGAGAAGGAAAAGGAGGCGUUCAGGGAGGCCAUGGAAUACUACUGGCUUGAAAAAGACGUCAUGGAAUUUAGUGACUCGGAAGGAAGGCUGGCGGAGAAGAUGAAUAAAGCAGUGAAUAAUAGCGAAGAGACAUUGCUGGGGAGAUCAGAUAGUGAGAGGCCGUUACCCGCUCGCGGUGGGGGUGGGCGGGGCAUGUGGCCACCUGCAGGGCGGAGCCUGAGCAGCGAGCACCCGCAUGGCUCCUCCCACGAGUCCCAGGUGACACUCGACGACACCACCUGCUUCAUUGAUCCCCAGGACAUGAUAUGGGCCUCAAUGUGUGCAAUGUACCCGAGUGUUGCGUGGAAUAGCGUGGGCGUGCGGGGCGGGGCGGCAGACGGAGCCGGGGUAGAAGCGGCUAAGAAUCAUCAGUCUGCUAGUACCUGUGUUGCCGCUCGCGCGCCUCGUACACCUGCCGUGCCCUACGCUUAUACGGCCUCCGGCAGGCGCCGCUCACGUGUUAGAAAUGAGCAGAGGCCUUACGCUCCGAAGAACACCUCGGAUGACUUGAAAGUUUGGACAAGAAAAUCCCGCCGAAGCGAGUGUGAAGUGACGAGCGAGAGCAUGCCCAGUAUGCCCAGCAUGGAUCAGCUGUUUGUGAGGCGAGGCCGUAAUGAAGGUAGGGAACCUUCGCCGCAACCACAGCACGGUCCUACAGCCGCGGGCGCCACGCUACCAGGCCACCCCACCCCCCACACGCCCCUCACGCGGAUAGACUAUGACAACCUGGCACCGGACUGGCACAAGCACAUGAGCUGGGAGGAACUUCGGCGCCCGAGCACCUUCAACGGGGUGGACGGCCUCAUGGGGCAGGUGCCCCACGCCAGCGAGUCCUCCUUGGCCACGGACAGCUCCGGCCACCCUCACAUACGCCACCACCUGACCGAAGGCGUUCGACGGUCAAGUGUAGGGGUUGUAGGGAGGCGUGGCGAGGGGGCGUGGCGUGGAGGGCCUCGUGGCCAGGCGAGCGUAACAUGUGGAGCACUGGGCCAGGCGGGACCCGGACCACCAGUCUCCACGCGCGCUCUGCCACGUGCACACACGCGCUCACGAACGACGCGCUCUAACAGUGUUACCGGUGAUUCAAGUGUUAACAGUGAAACGGACCGUGUUAGUAAGACGAGGAAUACGAGGAGUGGUAGUGUGACAAGUGUACAAGUGAGCCUUGGUGACGGUGAAUCAUGGCCCUCCCUCCGGGAUGGUGUGUGUGACGGAGAGUGUACGUGUGCCAUGCCCUGCAAAGUGUCGGGCAUACCUGUAUACCAGGGGCGAGGGGGGGACCCUCCCCGGAACCCCAGGGAAGAUGUGCCUCCUGCGGCUCCUACAGGAGGAGCUGGCGGGCGAGGUCGCGGCAACGGCCGCCGCGCUGGGAACAAUAACAAACCUUCUCCUUCGUCAUCAAAUCGCUCCCCGGCUUUCAUGGGGCGCCGUGGCAGCUUCGGAGCCCCCGGGACAUCCCGAGGCAGUGCCACGCAAGAGAGGGAAGUGGAUUUACCUCGCCGGGCAUCCCUGCCGGGCCCGGGAGUCGGCGCCCCCGUGCACUGCAGCACCUCAGACGACUCGUUAAAGACCGGGAGUGCUUCCGGCCUGUCCUCACACCGAGCACGGUCCUCGCCGUCCCCCAUCCCGCGUUCCCCAGCAAGGGGAGCAUCUCCGGGCCUGGGGGCACGAGCGCCGUCGCCAGUCGGGCCAGGGAGGACUCCCACGUCGACGCGACGGCGGGAGUCCUUAGGGGACACACGAACUCCACCCGCGACGCCCCUCGCCCGCCGCCCGCCACCACGGGCGGUAUACCAGGUGAGAAUCUCCCCUGGCGCCUCUGGACGUGACUCUGCGUCGGCACACAAGGAAAAGUCAUCGUCUAAGCUCCCUGUCAUGUCCAGUAAAAGCGGCAAGGCGGACCCUCCCCAGACUGGCCAUCGAAGCUUUCCGCCGCGCCCGGCGAGCGGCAGGGCAGCAACAACAAGUCUCCGUGGAGGAAAAGAAACUCCCAGAGACAAGGCGAGUAAUGAAGAGAGUAACAGAGGCGCAGGUCAGCUGGGCCACAGCUCUUUGAAACUUGACACCCCGCCCAAAGCGCUGUCCCUUUCGUUGUCUGUAAGUUCCCCGGAAUCUCCUGAAACGAAAGACAACACAAACGGCGGCGGCGAUACGUCCCUCAACCUUAGCAACGUGUCAGGGACGGCGGUCACGGACAGUGAUGCAACACCCGAUCGACAGAGAGAACUGUCGAGCAGAGUGCUGCCCGCCCGGACUGGCUCGGUGUCUAUGCUGCCCAAAUCGUCUUCUUACGGGGAAAAACUGUCAGGACUGGCAAGAUCGGGAAAUAAUCGGCUAACUGCUUCGUCCUCGAGACUCUCACCUGUCAGGCGAGGAAGUACUGACGCCGCGAAGUCGAGUGAAACGAGGCUGGAUCACACCCUGAGUGCCAGCUCUUCAAAUAUUAACGCAAAACCAGCCGUAACUCGUACGUUCUCGGGUCCGAAGAGUUCUUUAGUUUCGAACGACGGAGCAAGCAGGGCGAGGAUCGUCAGGAGGGUCAUGAGUGGCAGUCGAACGAAUCUCAGCAAGAAGAAAUCAAAUUCCAAGACGUCUUUGGUGGUGGGUCGUCAUAACAUGUAUAAUCGCAGCAAAUCAGGCUCCAAGAACUCUCUCCUUGGUUCUCGAAACAACCUAUUCCGCGCGAGUCUCGAUUCCCAGAGGACAGAGAGCACCACAGAUUCGGGAUGCAAUUCCCCCCUGUACGGUAGUCAGUGCUCGCUCGACGGCGAACGGAAGCGGCACAAUUCCUCCCCUUCUCAGAACCUCCACAAAACGGCCGGUUCCUUCAAUUCUCGACAGUCCAAGUUCGACACAAGGAUGAAUAGGAGAGUGAUAAAAAAGAAGGAAAUCGGAAGCAGUAGCAACAGAGUCACACCUGCAUCGCCACCGAGAAGGACACCUGAUCCAGUCCCCGCCGUCAGUCCUGAACCAGAUCAGAAAACCACAAUCACAAAACCUGCACCUGUAGAAAAGGAUAUGGGGGCCGAGAAGGACGUAUACAAGCCAGUCUUGGAGAGGGAACAGUGCAAGGCAGAUCCCGUGCACGAGGUGAAAAUAGUCCACACGCAUUCCAUGAGUAGCAGCCAAUUAGUCGACAGAAUGGAAAAGCCACCCGUGUCUGUCAGAAGAUCGUACAGCCUCCAGCUCCCACGAGCUCGUCCAGCCCCUCUCCCCAAACCGACAACAUGUGAGCUCCGUAGUAAGGAUGACACGAGGAUACGCACUAACGAGGACAGCGUCGAAGAUGAGGGAAAAGAGAACCGACCCUUACCGGGCAUUAAUGUCUCGUUUCGCUCCGUCUCAUCAUGCCCCCCUGACCAUUCUAGCAGCCAGAGAAUCCACUCUGGAAACAAUGAGGCGGAAACUGUGACUCGUGAUAAAAAAGAAAUAACCAAGGUUGCGAUAGUGGCUGAACCAAAAACCAGGGAAGAGAAAGGAAUUCAGGUGGAAGCCUCAAGUAGUGAAGAGGAGGAGGAUGAAGACGAUGAAGAGGACGAGGAGGAUGAGGAUAAAUAUGACUUAGACGAGGAGGCGGAGCGGGAACGGGUUCGAGAGAGCCGCGGUGAGGCAGGUAGUCAGCCGGGCAAAGAUGAGGUAAUGCCGGCCACUAAACCUCAGGUAGGGUAUGAGGGUCCAAGGAAUCUUCAGCGGCCCUUACCUGGCCCAUUCAGCGAGAAGGAAGAAAGAAGCCGUCAGUCUACUGCUGACAAAGUGAGGAAGAACACCGUCGUCCAUAUAUCUGGUGAGCCGGAGGAUAACAAGCUCAGAGUGACAGAGAAAAAAGAGUGUCCAAGUGAAUAUGAGGAGAAUCGAAAUAAUGAAAAGGUGAUUCUCAAUGAAGAUGAUAACAAUCAUUUGAUACAGCGUUUAGAAACCUCCCUAGCAGAUAUCAUCGACUCUGCUGUGCUUAAGAACCUGAAGAUAAAUGGGAAUAUAUUAACAGAUCAGUUCGAUGCCAUCAUCGCCACGCUGAAGAAGGUGGCGGCGUCAGUUGACUCGGGAGAGUCGGAGGCUCUUCCCCUGAGUCACAGGAAUUCCGAGUGCGGCGUGAAGGGGCUUCCCAAGACCCCCGUGUCCCCCUUGACCCCCCUCACCCCGACGUCCAUCUCGUCCUCCUCCUCAUCCUCCAUGAGCCCCAUGUGCCCCUCCACCCCUCGGACCCCCACGUCGAAGGCCCCCCUCUCGCUGCUGUCGAUCAACGAGUGUUAUCCCGGCCAGAUGACCACGCCCCCGGCCCUGCCAAGGAGCAGGAAGCUGUCUCUGCCAAGGGACACGCUCCAGGAUCACUCGCCGACUCUGGCGGAGCUAGCUCGUCGCCUACAUGCUAAUCCUAAUCACCUGAGGGCUGAUCAGGAUUAUGUGGAUUUCAUGGAUCUGGAUCAGCCAUACGUUACUCCCCCGCCCACAGGGCCCAGCACGAGCGAUCUCAUCAGAGGCGAUCCGACACCUAAAAGUUUCGGCAGGAAAAACAGCACCGGGUCUCUGGGUCUCUCCUCGUGCGCUUCCCUUCUGGAGGAUAAUUCCUACUACAAUGGCGGACCCACAGCGACGGCCAGUGUGACGAACCUGAACUCCUCCGAGGAUUACGCUAAUGUUUUCGGGUCACAGCAGAGCGCCUUCCGGAAGGUCCACAGCACCUCCAACGUGAACGGCAGCGCCUCAGGUGGCUCGCACCGACUCUUCCAGCGCCACCUGUCGUUCGGUGGUCCCGACGACGUGCAUACCGACAACAGGCUCAGGAAGAGUCUGUCAAAGAGUCGGGAGUUACUGAGCCAACUGGAAAAUGAAUACAAGAAGAUCAAAGGCGACGAAAAUAAAAGUGCUCGGAAUUCCCUCGUCAUCGACCAGAGUUGGCUGGACAAAGAUUUCGAUGAGCUCCUCCAGACCUUAUCGAAUGACAAGACGAUCCAGUCCGAUCCUCACGAAGCCUUAGCUUUCCUUACUAACAACAACAACAACAAUGCCAACGCCACAUCCUCCUCAGUCACAUCCUCCGUGAGAAACGACAAAUGGAAGGCUUCGAAGAAGGACAUGCCUCCACUGCCGUCGGCGGACAGCCCUCGGACCAAGCGCCAGCAUGGGCAGGCGGGGUCCGAGGGGCGUCAUAUCUUUUCGUUCUUCCAGAAGAAAGGCCGGAGCCAAAGUCUCUCCGGCACGGAAGCGAUCAAGAUAGUCUUGCCCGUCACCCCUGAAGACGGUCCCCAGGGGGGCCAUCAGGACAGGGCAGCUUACUGGCCCCAGGGAGUUCACCAGCACGAAGGGACGGCCCCGGGGUCACGCAGGGUGACCUACGAGAGCGCGACCUUGGAUCGUCCCGGGCGAUCCAACCGAAGUAACAGCAUCCCUUCGGGGGCACCGCAGGCCUCCGCCGGGAAUGCGUUACCGCUUGACCUCGUAGGAAUCCUCAGGAAAGGUAGAAGCAAAUCCUUGUCGAAGGCUGCCAGCAAGGAGGGCCAGCCAGAGGACUAUGUGGUGGAAAACGGCGAAGAGGGCGGUGGGGAAGACAGCCAGCUGGGGGAGGGGGAGGAUGAGCCAGCUAAACAAAUGCGGUCUCUCUCCCUGCCCAAGUCCUUCCUCUCGGAUAAAUACGGUCUCACCGGGUUCAAGGCCGCCCUGCCAAGCGUGAUCUUCCCGUGGCGGCGCGGAGAGCAGAGCCGCAGCUCCGGCCGCAGCAGCCCUGCUCCGUACGACGCGGGCGGCCACUCCCCCGCCUCGUCGCCCUACGCCUCCCACUGCCCCUCGGGAGCCCUGCACGAGGAAGCCCACAAUGGCCCCUACGACGGCGCGCCCGACCCCAGGCAGAAGGAGGGCGUGUGGCGCAGGAGCCGUGGCCCCGGAGUGUCCCGUAACACCAGGAGGGAGAAGGCGUCCAGCUCUCCCGUCUUCAGAAGGGCGUCGCUCAGUCACUCCGAGUGGGAUAUCAGAAGACCGUGGUCGCAUGUUUAUAGCGAACGUGAGGCAGCCAAGCUGAGCCAGUCAGUAUGUCGCCUGGCCAUGACGUCGGCAGAGGAUGGAGGGCCGGUGGAGGGCGUGGCGGAGGGCGAGGAAGGGCCCCGCUCGCUGCCCUACAUGUCCUCCUCUGCCCAGGCGUCCCCGGAGGGAAUGUUCCAAAAGUUCAAGAAAUCUUUGUCGCUCCGCUUGGCCAAGAAGGGCAGUCGCAGCGAGUCGCCGGGGCCGGGGCCGGGGUCGCUGUCUGCCCCCGUGGGCCCCGUGCCCGCCGAGCCCGCCCAGCCCGCCCAUCUGGAUUCGCAGACGCUUCCCAGGAGGCGCGGCUCCGUCAGCAGAGAGGACGACACCAAGUCCAGCUUCCUGUUUGGGCAUCCGCUCUUCAGGUCGAGCAAGGAGAGGCGGCGGGCGCGGCUGAAGGAUGCGAGGUCCUCCAAGUGCAACUCGGGGGACUCCGGCGACUCUGGCAUCGAGGCGAGCUUGGCAGAUGAUGGAUCAAGCGGGCUGAGAGAAGUGAACCCACGGGCGGUCCGUCGCACGCACAGCGACGUGGGCGGCGCUGGAGGGCGUGGCUCGCUGCAUUACUCGCGUCAGCUCUCCACCCCGCAACCCAUCAAGAUAAGGCCCGCCCACAGAUUGCCUCAACACACUGCAUCCUUGAACAGAUCCAAGAGUCUGAAGAGAAGUAAAGGCUCCUCCCAUUUGCGUCGCUCCAUUAGUCAACCCUUAGAUUUAGACAAGGCCUACGAUACCCCCGUAUCGACCCUUCGCAAAUGCAGGAGCCCGACGAACACCCCCAGGAGACGGCAGCGAAGACCCUCGGCCGGCAACAUCCUCAACGAAGACAACACGACUUCUGAAGAUGAGAUUGGAAUGUCCGACUCCGAAGAUUUUAGAACCGAUUUGAAGAGAAGUCUGGAAGAGGAUGACGAUAUGAUCAUAUAUGCCGAAGCUCUGUGGGACCAUGUCACCCUUGACUGCGAGGAGUUAGUGUUCAAAGCGGGUGACCUUAUCACUGUGAUAGAUUCGAGCGACAAGGACUGGUGGUGGGGACGGAUCAGCCAUCGAGCAGGGUGGUUCCCGGCGGCGUUUGUCAGGUUACUAGUGAACCAGGAAGAGCACCAAGAUACGUCAGGCCACCAGGACACGUCAGCUCGAGGACCAGCACGGAAGCUCAGUAUCUCUGGGUUAUCUCACGACCAGAUUCGCACUAACGUCAUUAAUGAAAUAAUUUCGACAGAGCGGGACUUCGUGAAACAUUUGCGAGACGUCGUCGAGGGAUACCUCAGACAAGUCCGUAAAAGGCCCGACAUGUUCACCGACGAGCGAGUGUCGACGAUCUUUGGCAACAUGGAGGCGCUGUACCAUUUCCAGAGUAACUUCCUAAGAGAACUUGAAAUGUGCAUCGACUGGCAAGAGCCUUUCAAGUCCUGCAUCGGUGCGACCUUCAUACGUAACAGAGAGAGAUUUGAGAUCUACAGUGAAUACUGUAAUAACCACCCUUCGGCAGUAUCAUCUUUACAAGAGCUUUACCAAGAUCAGAAGUAUGUGCACUUCUUUGAGGCAUGCAGACUACUUCAGGAAAUGAUUGACAUUUCUCUCGAUGGAUUUCUCCUAACGCCAGUUCAAAAGAUCUGCAAAUAUCCUCUUCAACUUCAAGAAUUAUUAAAGUAUACAAAGCCUGACCAUCCUGACUACACCAGUGUCCAAGGGGCCUUAGAGGCUAUGCGAGAUGUGGCUCUCUUGGUGAAUGAAAGAAAACGGAGAAUGGAAUGCUUAGAGAAGAUUGCGUCUUGGCAGAUCACAGUGGAAGGUUGGGAGGGACCGGAGCUCCUUGAGGACAGUUCACAGCUGAUCUACCAAGGAGAAGUUACCAAAGGAGUUGGUGGAUCCUGGCCAAAGGAAGUUACCCUAUUCCUCUUUGAUCAUCAGCUUGUGUACUGCAAGCGGGACCUCCUCAAGCGGAACACCUUUGUUUACAGAGGGAGACUCAAUCUCGAUAACUGUGAGAUUGUUGAUCUCCCUGAUGGAAAGGACUCCAGCCUCAACAUCAAUGUACAUAAUGGAUGGAAGAUUCAUAGUUUUGAGAAGAAUAAGUGGUAUGUUUUCUCUUGCAAAACUACUGCAGAAAAACAGAAAUGGAUGGAGGCAUUCAAACGAGAACGGGAACUAGUAGCAGAAGAUGAAUCUGCAGGAUUUGUAGUAGCAGACAAAGCAAAACACUUGGCAAAAGUUGCAGCUCGCAACCAAAAGAAUAGGCCAAAGAGACCUCGAACCACCAAAUCGCACAAGCGUGUACAAGCCAUGACAUACGCUCAGGCUGAACUUCUAGUCAAUGUUGAUCCUGAAGUACGCUCCAAUAGCCUCCCUUCUGGUAUUGAGCCACCUGAAGGCAAGAAGAAAGGUCUGUGGUUCAGCUUUGGAGGUCACAAGAAAGGAAGAGGCUCAGGAAGAACUCUCAGCCAGAUCCAGCACCACCCUGUUUGAGAGACAUCUUUACUCUAAGCAGUGUAAAGUCUUGUCAAGAAAGCUUGAGGAAAUCUGCUUUGACUUGAAGUUGAAUAAUCUGGUUUACUGAUAACACAUCAUCUACAAAUUGGCAGUUUUAGAUGACACAAAUUUUGAGUUACAAACCCAGUAAGGAAGGGUAAAAAAUGAAAAGAAUACUCAUUGGCAUUUAUUUAUCUAAGAUAGUGCACUGAUGAUGCUGUUCCUCUGUGCAUUAUUCAGAUGAUUAUGACCAAUGAACUCAUUCAAGGUACAGUGACAUAAUCCAGAUUUAACCUCCUUAACAAAUAAGGCUUCUUGCUGUGGAAAAAUAUACUGCUAGGAGCUGUAAUAGGAGGAAUCUAGUCACAUUCAGUUUGCUGUCACAAAUCUGGGAGGCAGAGAUGCAAGUUGAUGGUGAGGAUGUAUUCAGAUAAUGAAGGUGAUAAUUCCUUAAACAUAUCCCUAAUUUAUUUAUCUAUAAGGUGAUCAUAUCAGAGUAUAACCAUCACCUGCAGGCUUAGGUGAUACACUUUCUUCCAGUUGUGUUUUUGAUGUUGUCAGAUGUUAAAUAACUGGCUGUUUGUUGUCACUGGAGAAAAAGUAAUGAAGUGCCAUUAUUUUUAUUAAUUAUCAUUAUUAUUAUUAUCAUUAUAAUUAUUAAUUAUUGUUAUUAUUUUAACAGUUAAUUUGGCUGUAACACUUUACAAGUGCUUUUCAUUAUUUUAAAUUUUAGUUCAUUUACACAAGACUAAAAUAUCUUAAUAUGACCUCCAAUGGAGAUAAAAUAGCUUUACUUAGUAGUCAGUAAAAUAUAUUAAAAGCAACCUUGUCUAUCACCUGUAUCUAUAAUUUCUCAGAUUCUGUUACUGAAAGUAUUUGAUGUUGCAUCAGAAUAAAAAUUGUGAUAAAAGAGUAUGUAGUAAUGCCACGUUCAUCAUUAUGACGCACAUGAAUUUUCUUUGUCAGGAGAUGUAGUCUUUCAGUUUGGCUAUCUGAAGUACAGCAUUAAUUAAAUUUCAGUGUUGAGCAAAAAGUUGUCCUGUAAAGUGUGUAGCAGUAUGGUGUGUCAUGGUGUUAAUAUACCAAAUGGUUCAAGCAAGACAAAUUUGCUUUAUCCUUUACUGAUUUAAUGCUUGUAUAUAAUUUAACUUUGUUUUCUAUUAUAUAUUAUAGUUUAUCAUGUACAGUGAUAUAAAUAUAUGUAUUUGUUGUAAAAAUGUAUAUAGAGACCAAAAUAUGUUUCUUUGACUGAAA